GGCCACCGCGCUGCCGUCAGCGACGCCUGCUUCCAUCCCGACCUCCCGCUCCUCUUCUCCGGCGCGGCCGACGGGGAGCUCAGGGUCUGGGACACGGCGAGCCACCGCACCGUCUCCUCCAUCUGGGCUCACGGUGGCGCGGCUGGGGUGUAUUCCAUCGCCGCUGGCUCCGGGCUUGGGAACGCGGUCAUUACCCAGGGCAGGGAUGGUUUGUGCAAAGGCUGGGCGAUUGAAGAAGCUGGGCUCUCAAGGAGGCCUAUAUUUACAAUUAAAACAAGUACAUACCAUUUCUGUAAGAUGUCACUGGUUAAGGUUCCAUGUUCUGCACAUGGCACACAAACCAACUUGAGUGGCUCAAAUAGUGGCACUGAGCCACAAAGAGUGCCUAUUGAAGAUAAUACAGGAUCAGAUGGUUUAAAUCCUGCAGAAGGAACACAAGAAUACGAACAAGGCAGUUCCUUGGAUGGACAAAAUAUAUUGACAAUCGCUGGUCAAGAAUCGUUUGAGGUUGAACUUUGGGACAUUAAAAAUUCAAAGAAGAUAAUGUGUUUGCCCAAAAGAUGCAGUGCUAAUAUGACAGGUCACCCUACCAAGCAAAAAGGUCUAUGCAUGGCCGUGCAAGCUUUCAUCCCGUGUGAAUCUGGAGGCUAUGUUAAUAUUUUAUCAAGUUAUGAAGAUGGAAGCACUCUUUGGUGGGAUGUACGAAAGCCUGGGUCACCCUUAUCUUCAGUGAAGUAUCAUUCGGAAUCAGCUUUAUCCAUUGCUAUUGACGGUUUAUGCACCGGUGGGAUCUCAGGAGGUGCUGAUAAUAAAAUAGCCAUGUUUGCCCUUGAUCAUCAGAAGGGCACGUUUUCUCUCAGGAAUGAAAUAGAAAUUGAGAGACCCGGUGUAGCGGGUACAGCGAUUCGGCCAGACAACAAGAUUGCAGCAACUGCUGGUUGGGAUCACAGGUUUGUUUCCCCAUUCUUAGCUUUUACUGCUGUAACGAACCAGAGAGAGGGGGGUGAGCGAGACUUGGGGAGGAAGAUGAACUUUCUUGCAAAGGGAAGAUUAGGUGAGAGUUGAACUGGUCACAUCACAUACCCACACCAGCCACAGGUGGCCAGCUAAAUACUCACGUGACCCACACACGCACACGCCGGGAAGGGUCCCACCCGCAGGGUUGCCAGGUCACACAUGCCAAGUGGCCAGGUGUGACAUUCUCUCCCCCUUAAGACUGAGCUUCCUCCUGGGAGCUUGGCUCCGAGUCCUCUCAAAUGGCUGCCGCCGGAAACCGUUGCCGGAGAACCUCGUAGUCCUCCCAUGUCAUGGCGGCUGACGCUCCUUCGCCCCACUGCACCUUGACUUGCACGAUGACAGCAUGCCCGCGCUUCAUCAUGUGCCGUUCCAGUAGCUGCGUUGGUGCCGCCAUCGACACGGAGAGGUCCGGCACGCGCGGCAGCUCUGCGUACACCGGCGUUUAGUCCGGCGUGAAUGGCUUGAGCUGGGAUAUGUGGAAGACCGGAUGCACCUGGCUCGCGGGCGGCAGGGAGAGCUUGUACGCCAUGAGGCCGAUCUUCUCGAGGACGGUGUACGGGCCGAAGAACUUGAAGGCGAGCUUGGCGCAGGGCCGGUUGAUGACCGAGCGCUGCGCGUAGGGUUGCAGCUUCAGAAGCACUUGCUCGCCGACCUGAAACUGGCGCUCGGUGCGGUUGUGAUCUGCCUGCUUCUUGAACCGGCGCUAAGCGCGUUCCAGCUGGGCGCGGAUGUGCUUCGUGUGCGCCGCCCGGUCCAUGUCGUCGCCGGCGUGUUCGUCCGCUGGCCAGGCCGGCAUCGCUCCCAGAUUGGCCUCCCGCCCAUAGAGCCCCUUGAAGGGGGUGCAGUUGAGCG